AAAAUGAAAUCUGGCAUCAUAAUUUAAUCUCUUUCCUUCUUGAGGGCUAAAGCGACAAGCCGUGUCCAAGGCCUUACCAGGGAGAAAGCAAAGCUAAACCAAAAAGAACAAGAAAAAAAAAAGGGAAGAAGUUUAAUGGAAACUGAUAAUAACAGUUCAAAUUCGAAGACUUCAGCUUCUUCACUGAGAUGGGGAAUCCUUCGUCGUGCUGUUCUUAAUCUCGCCAAAAAUCCGGAAGAUGAGUCUCAAUUGGCGAUGAAUAUCAUUUCCAGAAAAGCAACUAAAGGGUUCAACUUGAUACCGUGUCAGCUGCUCCACCACGAUCACGAGUCUAGAGAUGCUCGACUCUGCUACACCUUACCCAUUCAAGGAUCUCCCAAGCUUGUUUUAACCCAGAGAGUGGAUAAUAGUGCCAGCCUCAGUGAUUUUGAGGUGUGUAACAGAUUCAACAUUGACAAUACUGGGCUUGUUUGUCAGUGGCCAUCUGAAGAUGUCCUUGCCUAUUUUUGCUUAUCACAUGGCAACAUGUUCAGGUCUAAAAGAGUUAUUGAGCUUGGGUCAGGUUAUGGCUUAGCUGGAUUAGCCAUUGCAGCUGCCACAGAGGCAUUAGAAGUAGUGAUUUCAGAUGGAAAUCCUCAAGUGGUUGAUUAUAUUCAGCAUAAUAUUAACACGAACUCUGGCGCAUUUGGCGAAACAAGUGUGAAGUCCAUGAAAUUACACUGGCAUCAGAAAGAAAUUUCAAAUCUCUCUCACACUUUUGAUGUCAUUGUUGCAAGUGAUUGCACAUUUUUCAAGGAAUUCCACAAAGAUCUUGCUCGAAUAACUCAGCUCUUGUUGAAAAAUGUGGGACCCUCUGAAGCUAUUUUUUUCAGCCCUAGAAGAGGCAACUCAUUGGAUAAGUUUCUGGAGGAAAUUGAGGACAAUGGCUUGCUUUUUAGCAUAACAGAGAGCUAUGACGCUGAAAUCUGGAAGUGUCAUCAACGGUUCAUGAAUGGUGAUGACUCGUGGCCUGGCUAUGAAAAAGAUCAUUGUUACCCAUUAUUAAUUAGAAUUACCCGAUGAACCGGUGGAGCUCGUAUUCAUCCCAUCAUCCACAAAUAUUUUUGGUAUCUAUGCACGGUUCAUGUGAAACUUAUGUUGCCGGUUGACCCAUGUUGGGCAGGCAUGAGUAGUAUACUGGUUAUCUUGCAAGGCACCAAGAUUCACAUGUACAUACACUGAUCAAACUAAAUUCAAUUGCUAUUUGCCAAGUUACUGUUGGGAACAGAAAUGUACUGAUGUUUUCUUUUUGAUUUAUCCUAUUCAUGGUGACUUCCUUUUUAAAUUGUAACAUGGCUGAGUGCACUGAAACUUUCCAUGGAUCAUUCCUUAUCUCCCUUUGGGCAACAAAGUUGGACUUUGAAAGCUUUUACUGUCAAUGACUUAAAAAUGACCCUUGCACUCUCCAACUUAAAAGAGAUAAGUUAAACUACUUGAUGUUCAAGUAAUGGACUCCGCAGGAAUUGGAAAAUUUUCUUGCAACUUUAAGCUUUACUUGGUAGGACGGAAAGAAAAAUGUAAAGA